CAAGGCAGGAAGAGGGCGGCCAUCUCUCUGACAGACAGCUUUUCCUCCAGAGGACAUCACUUGUUUGACCUGCUGUGCUGAAACAAGAAGUGAACGGUGUUAAACCAGAUUGGUAAAAAUAUGGGAAAUGAGCAAUCGACUAAUGAUGAACCAACCCAGAAUGGGAAAAUUCUCGAGAAGCAUGAAAAUGGAUCAGUGAAUGGUCUCUCUGCAACCAUCACAUCCAGUGGAUUGGAGAAAGAUGUUAAAAGUGACAUCACAGUCCAUCAGAAUAGCGAGCCUCAGUCUUCAAAGCCCACACCAGAAACAACAGAUAAUGUGACAGUGGAACCUGAUGGCCGACUUGCCACCACUCAAGAUAUUGCUGAACUCCUCAAUGUGGCCGAAAUCCUCAAUGUGGCCUCUGAGAACCCUGCGACGACUUCCAACGAGGAACAGGUCAAGAAGAGCAAAGAGGCGAAACGUCACGUUUUUGGCAAACUGUUCAAAAAGAAAUCUGAUCGAAGAGCUGAUAAUGAGCCGGAGAAAGAAAAAGAACAGCAGAGCUCAAACGAAGAUCAAGUAGACGUUAGUCAGACGACUCCUGAGCCGCAGCAGGAGACGGCUGACCUGAAGCAAGAACCUGAAUCUGUGCUUGAACCGAAGACUGAAGAGAAACCUGAGUCCAGUCCGGAGAAGGAGGGUGAUCCUGAAACAGAGAACGGAAACACUCAGCCUGUCCAAGUAGAAGAGAGUAACCCAGAAGAGAAUCCAGUUAUGAACUUCUUCAAAACAUUUGUAACAACUACUAAAACAACCAAAAAGGAAACAGCUGCUCCUGAUGCCACAAAAGAUCAGUCCACGAAGGAGACCCAGCCUGCAGCAACCACUACUGUUGCACAAAUAUCUGAACCCCCUGCAGCACCAAAAGGAAUGCCUGCCCCACCGCCACCUCCUCCAGAGCCACCAAAACUGGAAUCCAAAGGAGAAUCAACAAUCAAACUGGCAAAACCAGUGACUAAAGAAGAACCAAAAGCUGCAGCAAAAGAUCCUGAGGCCUCAAAAGGAAAAUCAGCUAAAGCGACUCUGAACAAGUUCUUCCGUCCAAAGGAAACAUCAGUAGAGGUCCCUCAGCCUGUUGUAGAAGUGCAGAUGGUUGAAAAUAUGGUUGAAGUUCAGGAGGCUGCAGUGGAGGUGACACAACAAAUUCUAGACGUGCAGAAGGUGGAUCCUUCAAAAACCAGCACUUUGGAGGCAGCUGCCAAUCCAGAACCAGCUCUACCCCCUCAGGAAGAAAAGAAAGGAGCCUCAAAAUCAUCCUUUCUGUCUGUCUUCAAGUCCAAAGCAGCUGAGCCCAAAAAAACAUCUUCAGCCCCAGCUGCAGCAGCAGAAGCAGCUCAAGUGGCUAAAGCCAAAGAGGAACCAAAAGCUGCAGCCAAGUCCUCAGAGGCAGUUGUUGAUAACAAACCAGUGUCUGCAGUCCUUCAAGCAGGAGACGAUGCAGUCGGUGCACCCAAAAAACUGGAGAAGAGGAACUCCAUCCAGUUGUUCUUUAAAAACCUGGGUCAGAAACGCCACUCCACAGAUGCCGGGGUCCAAACAGAACCACUGACUGCUGCUUCAUCUGAGAAAACCAAAUGA